CCUCUGUUCUGUGUUGCAGAUUACGGGUCCCUUCCUCCAGAUAGGAGCAGUUGUGCUGAUGACUCUCAUGACAUGGAUUAUCUCCCUUCAGUGGUUUAAACUCUCACAUUGGGCGUUGAAGCUGUUGUGGCUGACCAUGUAUGUUGCUGUGAUGAUAGGACUGUACAUAUCACCUUACUUCAUCAACUCUCCGUGUGUCGCUCACGCCGAUGACUUGCCUAGCAAACCCCUGAUACUGGCCCACCGAGGAGCAUCAGAGAUUUUACCUGAGAAUACACUGAUGGCAUAUGACUUUGCCUACCAGGAUGGUGUGUACGGUGUGGAGAGUGACGUGCAGCUCAGUUUGGACUGUGUGCCCUUCAUCCUCCAUGACAAGAGUUUGGAGAGGACAACAAAUAUUAAAGAAGUUUUCCCUGACCGGGUAAAUGAUGAUCCGUCGUCUUUCAACAUGUCAGAUCUGAAAAGGCUGGAUGCUGGCUCGUGGUUUUUACAAAAUGACCCUUUCUGGACAUCCGGGGAUUUGACCGAUGUUCAGCGGAGGCAUGUAGCCAAUCAGACAUUGCCUACACUGGAAGAGCUUGCACGAUUGGGCAGGAACUACAGUGACAGUGUGUUGAUGUUCGACCUGCUGGCCCCGCCACAUUCGCAUCCCUGUUACAACCUGAGUGUCAACUACACCAUACAUGCCCUCACUCAGGCGGGAUACCCGUUACAAAACGUGUUGUGGCUGCAGUUCCAGAACAGCCGUCCCACCGGUGUCACCUUCAUUGGAGAUCGCUACAUCCCUGUCGACGAUCUCAAGAAGGACAACAUGUCCAUGGUCAACGUCCAGUACACAGAGCUGACCGACAGCCAGAUAGAAGAGUACCAGGUCUCCAACAUCAGCAUCAACAUGUGGACCGUCAACUCCGAGUGGAUGUACUCCCUGUGUUGGUGCAUGGGCAUCUCGUCCGUCACAUCCGACAGCUGCCACAAACUGAAAAACGUCCAGGCACCAAUCUGGCACCUGGUACCGUCCAGCUACCUAAUCCUGUGGGUGACCGUGGACGUCUUGUCAGCUGUGAUAAUCAUCACGGUGUUUAUAGUACAGAGAAUCCGACUUUACGGGACUUCAUUUAGCCCUGAAACCAUCUCCCUGAACAGCGCGGCCCGCAGCGCCCAGGGACACCGAUCUCGCAAUAUGAAGGAGAAGCUGCUGUACAACAUGACGGAUGGGGACCUCGUGGAGGAGGUGGACGUACGUGCUGGCCACGGCGGCGUGGUCAACCAGCCCGCUUCAUCGUACUCCAUGGCCUCAAUCAACAACGACCCCUACUCCAGUAGAUACCACAAUGGAAACACCUUCCCCGACAGCAAGUACGAUGUGGAGUAGGACAGCGAUCGCUAUGACAACAGUCUUUCUUGUGACACAACAAGUUUGGAUGCAAUAUCUUUAUCUGUGUAUCAUGUGUAUUUGUUCUCAUGGUAUACAGAGCCUUGUGAGCUUAAGUUUCUUGUCACUGAAUGUCCGCUAGUCGUCUUUGUCAAAGGCAGUAGUUUUCUAUGUGUGAACGUGUUGUGGUGUUGGAUCAUUCCAAGAGAAGUGGGUUCAUCAAUUUGUUCCGUGUCAUUAAAAGGGAAAUCAUUGUCAGAUAGAAAAAUUUCUUUUUACAAGAUACAGGGGAUUGUUGAACCAGAUGACUUCUUUUCAGAUUUUCAGGGAAGUCAGAAUCUGCAAAAUGUUACUAAUCCCAUUGCAGUGGAAUUUGCCAUUUUGGUUUUGGCGAGCAAGUAAUCAUUAUCAAAACUUUGAGACCAUUAUUGGUAAUGAGCUUAUUAUUCAUCUGCAACUGAGAGAAACCUAACUGCUUGUUGAUAUGACCUGACAUGGAACUUUCAUGACCUAAUGUCCAGAAACUGAUCAUAUGUAGAUCCGUGGUAUGCGUUUGAAGCAAGUAUGGUGAACCUGUUGAUCUUUGAUAACGCUGCAUGACAAGAUACUUGCUACAACUUGCUAUGUCCUGCCGCCUUGAUCAGUGUGUAUGAUACGGAGGAUGAACGAUGUUUGUGUGCACUGUGGUGGAGUUUAGCCCUUUGGUUUUACCAGGUAUUGUGAAGGUGAGCUCCAGUACCAGACUUCACGGACAGUGAUGGUCAGUCCACACAGACUUUGGUUUACUAUCAGUUGGUUUAUGAACAAAUGAACACAUGAAUGAGAGAAAAUUACUUUUUUAAAAUUGUGCAUGAGAUGGGGUUGGGCUUCAGGGAGUGAGGAACUUUGUUUCACAUUUACGUGUCAUCUAGAACUGUAUUAUUUGUAGGCGACUCGAAGGUGGACCAUAUCUGUGUACAAAGUGAUGACUUUAGAAACUGGUGUUGUUACAGUUGUCAAUACAAAGCUCUGGUACCCAUGAUGUUACCAACUGAUACUUGUGGGUGUCAGCCGGAAAACGUCACGCCAAAGACCCGGGUUCGAUUCCCCACAUGGGUACAAUGUGUGAAGCCCAUUUCUGGUGUCCCCCGCCGUGAUGUUGCUGGAAUAUUGCUUAAAGCGGCGUAAAAAAAUCAACUUUUUCGUCCAAAUUAGAGCUUUAAAUCCCAGUGAAAACUUGUUGGCUUUUCAUCCAUUGAUAGAAAUUCAUAAUUCAUAGAAGCUUUUUGAUAAUUUUUUACCACCUCCUUGUAAUUUUGGCCCCAACUGACACUCAACAAAAGAUCGUGUGUGAGAGAGCCAUGUGUGUGUGGACAAGGUGUUUUAUAUGG